AUGACCGGCCAAAGCCCAACUCCAGAUGAUGUCCAAGGAAUCUACAGGAAACCACCACCUCCUGCACGAAGGCUGUCACCUUUUGGACUUUCAGUGUUGAUUUCGCUGCAACAACAAGCCCAAAACUCGUCACAAAAUGAACAACUAAAUGAAGGCCUAGAUGACCCAAUUGACUUCCUGGGCCCUGGUUCCGGCCUGGGUCCCGAUACUCCCACCGCAGCCACGUUUGAUCGAAUCACAAAACUUCCUACUCCUAUCAUAAAACAGGGUCUGUUUUCAUCUACGUUUUCAGGCCAUUCCAAUAUUUUAUCGUCAAGUCCCGGGACUGUCACGUCAACCAGCCCAUCCACGCUGUCGCCCGUGUACGAGGAGAGCAAUAUGAACCCAUUGAGUCGAGAAACAAAGAACUUUAGAGCGAUCUCGGAGUACAAACCAACGGGUUUGGUGCGUAAGAGCCUGCUCUUGGAAGGGUCUCUGGCAGCCCAGCCACUGGUAUUCACUAAUCAGCGUGUAGUUAGCACGCCCAUGGCUUCCACAGGCACAGAAGCCACGCCGCCUCCAAAAGAUGGGACUGAAAACGACGAUAAAUCGUUGCAAAAUCAACCACCCAAAUCUCGCUCCGGCGAUGUGUACGUGGCUCCUCAUAACGGUGCCCGCUACAUCUACCAGAAAGAUAUUGGCAGCGGCACUUUCAGUACUGUGGUGUUGGCUAUCAAUGCCGAAAAUUCCCACGAUUGUGCUGCCGUGAAAAUCGUCCAUGUACCUCUCACAUCCGAAAGAGAAACCUUCAACUUUAAAGCGGUGAUUCGCCGUGAACUCAACGCCUUAAACUCAAUUCAUCAUCCUUGCAUAGUUGGUCUUUUAGAUUACUCAGUGUCGGUUCCACUCCAACUGGGAUCUGGCGACGACGGCGAUCUGGACCCAGACCUCGAUCUAGCCGGCGCUCCAAUUUCCGCCUCGGCCAUUACCCUGGUUUACAACGCAGUCCGCGAGAACAGCGAGCAGCUCUUGUUCCUCACAUACAGCCGAGGAGGUAAUUUGUACCAAAUGCAGCACCAGCACCGGACAUCGCAGGCUCGCAGCGUCGAAUACUGGACGGUCAUUCGCAGAAUUGUCGCCGAAUUAAUAUGCGCUGUGGCCCACCUUCACUCGCACGAUAUUGUCCACAGAGAUAUCAAGCUCGAAAACAUAUUGGUUAAUUUUCCUUACCAAGAAUUGAUGUCUGAAACUUGUACCAACGACAGCUUCACCAACUUGACUGAUUUCGGACUUUCUCGUCGUUUGCGGUACUCCGGUGAAUUCCUUACCACCCGGUGUGGCUCCCAGGACUACGUAUCGCCGGAACUUCUUCUCGGAAUCCCCUAUGACGGAAAACUCACCGACUCAUGGGCCGUCGGAGUGGUGAUAUAUGCGCUCUUGGAAAACCGACUUCCGUUUGAUGUGCCGCCCAAUAUUGCUCCGCAAAACGGAAUCUCGCCGCUGGUGUUGAAGCGGCGCCGAAACAAGAAUACUGCAGCCCAUCGAAUCGCCAUGCUUAGUUGGGACUGGUAUACUGUGCUCGAAAUGGUAUCUGACGACCAUAUACCUGGUGCUGCAAAAAACAUAAUUGCCGAGCUCAGAGAGAUUGUAGAGCAGCUCCUUGUCCGUAAGGACCGGCGUGUGGUUGUUUCCGAUCUCCUUGGCUGCCCAAUUAUGGACUGUGUACCUCCAAGCUGGCGAUAG